GUGAUCAAGGUGGGCACGUCCUCACUCGUCCGGCCAGAGCAGCAAACCCUCAACCUCACCAACCUCGCACGAAUCUGCGAGACGGUCAAGCUACUCAAGUCUGAAGGCCACCACGUCAUCGUGGUCACCAGUGGCGCGGUGGGAGUGGGCUGUCAGCGGCUGGGUCUCACCACCAAGCCCAGUGUCCUGGCCAAGAAGCAGGCCCUGGCGGCGGUGGGCCAGGUGCACCUCAUGAAGUACUAUGAAGACUUCUUGGCGGCCCUUGGACUGACGUGCGCCCAAGUGCUACUCACACUGGACAACCUGGCCAACCGAAGUCAGUACUUGAACGCACGGAACACGUUUACGGAGCUCCUCGCGUACGGUGUCGUACCGGUGGUGAAUGAAAAUGACACGGUGGCGGUUCAGGAGCUCCGAUUUGGUGACAACGACACUUUGUCGGCCCAGGUGGCGGCACUGGUGCAGGCGGACUGGCUGUUCCUAUUGACUGAUGUGGACUGCCUCUACACGGCCAACCCCAAGGACGAUCCCAACGCUGUACCCAUUUACGAGGUGGAGGACAUUUCCCGCCUCAACGCCGACACCUCGACACGCGGGACGCAGUGGGGCACGGGCGGCAUGGCCACCAAACUCACUGCCGGCCGCAUUGCCACCGCCGCGGGCUGCACCAUGGUUAUAUGUAACAGCAACGCACCUGAGAACAUUGUGCGGAUCGUCAAGGGCGAGCCGCGUCUAGGGUCCAAGUUUUUUCCGCUGCCGCACUGCCUCAAGGGCCGCAAACGAUGGAUCCUCUCAGUGCCGGUCAGGGGUCAGCUGUGGCUGGAUGCAGGCGCAGUACGUGCCGUACGAGACAAGCACAAAUCAUUGUUUGCGGCUGGCGUCGCGAAGGUGGUAGGAGCGUUCCAUUCGCAGGACUGUGUAUCGCUCUGCGAUUUGUCGGGUGUGGAGCUAGGACGUGGUCUGGUCAACUUUUCUAGCGAGGAGGUCCGGGCAAUAGCGGGCAGCAGCCGCGGCAAGCCCAUGGCUGACCAAUUGGGCUUCCCCACCAUGGACGAGGUGGUCCACAGGUGA